GUGAGUCACUCAAUCUUCACUAUUGAAGAUAGCAACAGUGGGCUACUCCAAUAAUAUGGCCGAAAAAAAAAAGUGACGUCAACUGAAAAGAAAUCUAGGCUAGUUUGUACGACGAAUUCGAACUCGAGGGCUAAAGUCUCCUCAAGCCAAUACACUAACCACUGUGCCAGCGAAGUGCUUCUGAGAAUAUAGAUUGAGAAACCGCUGAGCGUAACUUACAGAGUAUUGGAAAAUUUAAGAACUAAUUAAACAAGUCUUUUCAAAAAUGAGUCAAGAACCCGAUGCCUCUGAUAAGGAUUUUCUAAUGAUUCGGUAUUUGUCUGAUAAUGUCGUCGUGCCUGAUCUUCGGAAAGAAACGACUGGCGACAGAGAUGAUCAAGAGGACGAUGUCGAGGAUGACGAUGACACCUUGUUUAACUUGAACCAGAAUUUGGGCAAAGACAAAACCAACUGCCACACGUCCAUUGAAGAACAUGUGGUAUUCCUGAACGAGCGGAGCAAGUCGUCCACAACGAUGGUCAGGCGACACAGUUCAAUGACCAGGAAGAAACAGUUCAUGGAGAACACAUACAGGAUGGAGCCAAAGCCUGGUCAAUAUUUUAUCUGGUGGAAGGUAAGGAAUGCCAUCAACAAGCUGCUGACGCCUGUCUUCGACAACUUAAAAUACGACGCCAAGAUAGCACCAACUCUGUGCAAGACUAUUUCUAGCAAAUGUGUUAGUCUGAUCAGACGACGCUUUGAUUAUCCCCGCUAUCGUUUUGUGUGUCACGUGACCUUGGUGCAGCUACGUCGACAGGGGAUUAUCAUCAGUGACCGCAGCCUGUGGAACACAGCAGUGGACAACUAUGCAGUAUGUCUGUUCAAAAACAGAACAGCAGUGUGUGUGGUGACACUGCAUGGAAUUUAUAUGGAGUAGAGCAUACACAUUUGGAAUAACAAUCUCAGCAUAGUGAGAUUAACUUAUCUCACCAUAAAAA